UCUCUUUUUUUUACUUUGCUCUGUUCACUCAGAGCAUCAAAGAAAGAAACACACACAAAAGAAGAGAGAAAGCCAAAAAAACAAAACAAGAAUACAAAACGAUGUUGCUGGGGAAGAGACAGAGACCACCAAUAAAGAGAACCACGAGUCUUUCCGAGAUUAAGUUCGAUUUGAAUCAACAACCUAGCGAACAAGAACCGUCGUCUGAUCAUCAGAUUCAGCUCGUGACCAUCGAUGAACACCGUCAUGUUCAUCAACGUUUGUUAGAUCAACAACGUCUCUUAGCGAUGGUCUCACUGAGAGGUGUACAGAGGAAACACUCAGCUGAAGAUUUUCUGAGAUCUUGUUCUCUCUGUAAACGUCAUCUUGUUCCAGGCCGUGACAUCUAUAUGUAUAGAGGAGAUAGAGCGUUUUGUAGUUUAGAGUGCAGGCAACAGCAAAUUACAGUGGACGAGAGGAAAGAGAAAAAGAAAGGUUCGGUGAGGUCCACCGCCGCCGGAACCGUCAACGGGGAGAGUGUUUCCGCCGCCGUCUAGGUCUCUCUUUAUAAUUUCGGUAUGAAUAUGAUUGUAUAUGGAAUAUGGUUAUUGUGAUUAUCUGUAUUAAGUUUUAAAGCGUUGAGCGUUAACCGUGAUUAACCAUGAUGUUAGUCAUCUUAUAAACUUUGCUUUAAGACUUAAGGACCAUGGUAUUUUUUUUUU